AUGAAAACAUUGACUGGGGCUGCCGUUUUUUCUGCAAGACCUUAUUUAUACUUCAAUAGAGUUAAUCUAUCUAAUCGUUCUCCUAAAAUAAUCAAAUUAUUUUUAACUUUUUUCAUCAUAAUUAGUACAUUUCUACCAGAAACAACAUUAAUUGAAGGCCGACUUUUACAAGGAUGUGAUGUAAAAUCUGAUUUAUGUGAAAAGAAUGAAAAAUGUUUUCCAGAUGGCUUUUUUGGUCAAUGUGCAGAGCAGUCUCAAUAUUCUUCUAUUAUGGAUUUGUCAUUAUUUCCAAAUGAAAUCAACAAAGAAUUUCUUUUCCUUACUUUAGAAUACAACAACAAUAAUGGAAACUGGGAUGAUGAUGUUUCUCAAUGUUACAUUACUCUUUACAAAUUUUCUCUUCUCCAUAAUUUAGAAUACCAACCAUUUUUAUGUAAUGGUGAAAAUGUUAAAAAAUUCAUUGAUAUCAUUAAUAAUUUUCAACAAAAUUUUAAAAAAAUAAAUGAAGAAGAGUUUAAUAAGAUUAAAGAAAAUUUUAUAAAUAAUAAUCAGAUAAAAAAUAAUGAAAAUGAUCAAGAAAAUAAAAUUAAAACAUCUGAUAUUGAUAUUAAAAAAAUUAAUAAGAAAAAUGAACCUAUACAAAAUGUUAAUAAUAUUAUUGAUACAAACAAAAAUGAAUUUAUUCCUGUUAUGUAUGUUGAGAAAGAUGAAUCAUUACCAGUAAAUGUUGAUGAUAUAUACAUCCCAGAAAGUAAUUUAAUAUCACAAAUUGGAGAUUUAAUUGAUAAUAAUGAUAGUGAUAAUAAAUCAGAGUUACUUGUUGUACCAUUAGAUGAAUUACUUAAAGAUUCUUCUAAUGGUAAUGUUAUUAAUGAUGAAUUUGAUUUACCAUCAAGUUAUCAAUAUCCAUUAAAUAAUCCAUUGGUAGAGAAUGAUGAUGAUGAAGAAUUAAUACCAACAGAUGGAAAUGAUAUUUUUUAUAGAGAAGAAAGACAACUUCCUACCAUUAUUGAAACACCAUAUGAAAGUAAUUCUAUUGAAGUUGUUCCAGUUACAGUUUCUGAUUCAAGUUUAGACAAUAUCAAUGACAAUAGCAAUAAUGAUAAUGCAUUAGAUGAUAUUAUAGCAAUUCCAGUAGAAUUAGAAGAAGUUACCGUCUAUGAAAAACCAAUUGAUGAAGAAAUUCCAUUAGUUGAAGAAAUUCCAAUGAAAUAUACUAAUGAAUUACCAAAUAAAAAUAUUCCAUUAUCAAAAGAAAUAAUAUCACCAGAACUUUUUGAUAACCUUGCUUUGGAUGAAUUUUUACUUGAAAGAUAUCCAGAAUCUAAUAUUGAAAUUGAAGAAGCUAUACCAUUAAAUUCUGAGGCAAAUGGCCAACAAAUUCUUCUCAAAAAAGAUGAUGAAAAAUAUAUUACAGAUGAUCUUGGAUUAGAUAAUACUGAACAUAAAAUUGUUAAAGGAAAUAGUGAAGUUUCUAUGAUUGAAGGUAAUAGAAUUUAUAUUAAUAUUAAAAGAGAUAACUUAACUGAUGAACAAAUUAUUGCAUUGGCAAAUUAUCUUCAAGAUAAAAUUGGUGAUCCAAAUGAUCUUUAUUUUUAUGAUUUCUUAUUUGAAAAUAAUCAACUUUCUUUUAAAGCUAGUUCUGUUGGUUCAAUUACUGAAAAUUCUGAUAAUAGUAAAGAUAAAAAAGAGAAACGCCUUGAUAGUCCUUCUGGAGUAGCUCAGGCUGUUUACAAAAGAAGAAAAGAUAUUAUGACAUUAUCAGGAAUUGAUGUUAAUGAAGCAGGUAUUGGAAGCGGAAAGAAUGUUGUUCCUAUUGCAAAAGCUGGAAGUGACUGGCUUUUUAAACCAAUUUUACUUGUUUGUAUGGCUACAGUAACCUCACUUUUGAUUGUUCUAUUGACACAAGUUUGUAAAACUAAAAAGAAAAAUAUACUUGCUGGAGGAUUUUAUCCAGAAGUAAUAGACCAUAUAGACAAUCUUGAAAAUGGAAAAGGAAGAACUAGUGGUGCUUAUGAAGAGUUAUGUCGUCGUAGAAUGUCUGAAAUAGGAGUUAAUGGAUUUAAUCAUGAUGGUAGUGUUACAAAUAAAACAAAGCUUGGUGGAACUUCUUCUCAAAAUUCUAGUGUCUCUUCUUGGCCAGAUGAAGCAUUUUUGAAUUCAUGUAAUCUUGAUAUCUCAACAGGACAUGUUAUUUUAAGUUUCCUUCAAAGUUAUCUUGACAAUCCUCAAAAAAUUCAUCAAGAAUGGGAAUCUCUUGCUUCUUACCAAAGUCCAAAUGACCAAAUAACAAUUGCUUCAAAACCUGAGAAUCUUCCAAAAAAUAGAAAUCAACAAAUAUUACCUUAUGAUGAAAGUUUGAUUCGCCUAGGUUCACCAACAUCUUCACCUUCUUUAAAAAAUACUUACAUUAAUGCUUCAAGUAUAUUUGAUGUCAAUCCAAAACAUCCAAGUUAUAUUGCUGCUGAGUCACCUGUUUCUGCAACAAUUCCAAACUUUUGGCAAAUGAUUUGGGAGAAGGGAGUAACAAUUAUUGUUAAUUUGACUACCAAAGAAGACAUGACAAUUGGAAGAUGUGAGAAGUAUUGGCCAGAUGAUGGAAGUAGAGUUUAUGACAAUUAUGAAAUUCAUCUUGUAUCAGAACAUAUAUGGUCUGAAGAUUACAUGGUUCGUUCAUUUUAUCUUAAAAAUAUCACAACAAAUGAAACAAGAACUGUAACACAAUUCCAUUAUCUUGCUUGGCCUGAAAAUAAAAUUGUACCUAAUCAAAAAACACUUCUCGAUUUCAGAAGAAAAGUAAACAAAUCUUAUCGAGGUCAUGCAUCACCUAUCCUUGUUCAUUGUUCAGAAGGUUUAGGACGUACUGGAGCUUACCUCCUCCUUGACAUGAUAGCUAAUCGUAUAACAUCUGGUGUUAAAGAAAUUAAUAUGGCUGCAUCUCUUGAGUACCUUCGCGAUAAUCGUAAUGGAGCAGUAAAAACAGAAGAACAAUAUAAAAUGGUUUUCAGUUGUCUUGCUGAAGAAGUAACUUCUUUAAUUAAAAGCUUACCUAAUUAA